AUGAUGCUGGGCGAGGACAGCACGGCGGGGCGGUACUGGCAGUCGGUCGGAGAGGAAGCGACGAAGCGCGGCGUCAAGGGCGUUGUCUUCCUUGGCGCGCACUGGGAGGUCAGCGGUACGGGAGUCGAGGUUGCCAGCAAUCCUGGGGCGAAGAGCGUGAUCAAGCAGCCCGUAGCAUGGGUGACGCCGGAUAAGUACGUCGACUACGAGAUCAACUCGUCGCCCGAGCUUGCGAAGCGAGUCCAGGUUGCCUUGGGAGACGCAGGAAUUGAGGCCAAGCUGAACCCCUCGGUCGAAUGGAUUCACGACGUCUUCCUCGUCCUAAACUGGAUGUUCCCGAAGAGCUCGCCGCCUGUGACCGUCAUCUCGACAAACGCCUACUACGACCCGUACUUCCAUGUCGCCAUCGGCGCUGCCAUCCGCCCUCUUCGCUACGAAGACAUCCUCAUCGUGGGCACCGGCGGAACCGUCCACAACCUGUACCGCAACGCUUGGCGCAACAUUAUUCUUUACCGCGACAACUUCGCUCAGACCAAGCCGCCCGAGCAGUGGGCGCUCGAUUUCCGCAACGAGACGCUCGAUGCGUUCACGAAGAAUUCGGGACCUGCGCUCCGUCGAGCAGCCAUGCGCCUGAUGCGCCACCCUCUCUUCCGCGAUGCACACGGCACCGACGAUCACUACGCACCCGUCUUGUUCGCCGCCGGAGCAGCAGGAGACCAGGACGACGAGGGCACGAAGAACACUUCGCCGGCGGAGGUGUGGGAGCUCGAGCAGAUGUGUAACACGCAAUUCCAGUUCGGUGAAUGGCACUGA